UAUGGCGGAAUUUUUAAAAUUUCGACUGAAAAAUUUGUGCUCAAAUGUUUUGGCCAAAACAAUAUCGAUAUGGUGUGUAGAUCAUGAAAAUAAAAACAACAGUAUCUUCCCAGCAGAUUUAUCGCUUUUACCCGAUGAAACUGUGCAUUUCAUUUUGAGCAUGGCAGAAAGUCAAGGGAUUUUAACGUCUAAAUUUUUGUCUACACUCAUCCAUGAGAAGAUGACAAUUUUAUGCAUUGGUAAAUAUUCAACGUUUCUAACAGAUGAUGUUUUACAACAAAUGUCAUGCAAGAACCUAGUUAGUUUGAAUCUUCGUGGUUGCAAUGGGGUUUCAUCGCAAUGCAUCGUAGGGUUUGUCAGAAAUUGUUGCAAUUUGAAAAAUUUGUACUUGGAAUCCUGCUCUCAUGUUGUGGACGACACCAUUGAAAGUCUAGUUCAGCAAGCAGAGGCAUUUGUAGAACCAUCAAUAAUCGCUAAUCUGAAUUUAUCAUCGACAAAUGUUACAACAAAAACUCUGUGGUUUCUACUAAAUAGUAUUCCCUCUCUUGUUUCUUUAUCUUUCCAAAACAUAAGAGACGUAGACUCUUGCACUCUACGUCGAAAAGAUAACAUCUCUUCUUGUAAUUUGAAGUUCUUGGACAUGCUUCGUACGCCGUACAAUGAGCUGUUGCAUGUGGUUCAAGUCUGUACAAAUAUUCUUCAUUUAAAGUUAGACAUAUCUUCUUGCAUUAGAAAUGAUGAUGUUAAGUUAUUGGAGGAAGAAUUAGCAAAGCAUAGUGAGCUUAAACAUCUUGAACUCAGCAAGUCUGAUGAUUGCAAGGUCGGAAAAUCCAUGUACGUAUUUAAUCUUCCAAAGUUGAUGACUCGACAACUUCAAUCUCUUCAGCUAACUGGUCCCAUAAGUUUAUACAUGUUGAACUUUUCACCUCAAAAACAUAACGUUUUGUCUCGAAUCAUUUUACGUGGUUGUUUAAUAGUUCAGCCAAUUCUUUCCACAUCAAAUCCUGGCGCGAAUACGAUCAUAUUAAGUGAUUUUGUUCCAACGCUGCAAUCAAUCCAACUAGAUUUUACUAAAUUCAAGGACGUCUCUCUUGAAGAAAAGCAAGAAAUUAUACGUCAACUACUCGUUUCACAUUCGCAACUUCACGAGCUUUCUUUGAUAUCAGUUCCCAUUGAUGAGGAAACGCUGCUUGACGUUCUUCGAAGUUCCACUGGUUCUCAGCUCGAAAAGCUGACAAUUUCAUGUUAUGAUAACAUUACUUGGAAAUCUAUGAAUGCUAUAGGAGAGUUUUGCCCAAAGUUGAAAUGGUUGCAACUCUUCCACUGUUGGAUUAUAAAUAGUUAUCAAGUUCGUCAAUUCAACGAACAUAUGAAAACUAAGGGUAGGGAACUUGAUGUGGUGACGCUAGAUUUCACGAAUAACUGCUACGAUUUCAAUAGUUCGGAGUGGAGGGAAUUUUGUUUUUUGGAAAUAUAUGAUUGAAGGAACUUUUACAUCAUGGAAAAUGAUUGUGCUAGAAGACAUUCUUUCAAGAAUUUUCUUCGUUGAAAUAUGCUUCAUGACAAGAACUCAUCAGACGCGAGCUGAUCAGAAGGUGGUUUUCUGCCAUCAAAAAUUAAACUACGGUCAGCCAAUGCAAACUGCACCACUCCAGAAUUUAAAACUCUUGUAAUAAAAAGGCUCAGUAGCAUUUAUGAUUUGAGUGUACAUUGGACAUGCAUUAUACAUAAAAUAAAUUCUACUUUUAUGGACUUUAAA